GAAGACUGUAUCUUAUCCUGCGUUAGAAGCCCACCCAUGCCUGCAUUGUUGAACGGACUCGCAUUGGCGAAAACUCUCUCUCCACCCUUCUCACUCGUUUCUCCACUUGCUAACUCUUUGUCCAUAGACAGAGUUUCUAUCUCUCGAUCACCUUGCAGGCUCCUUUUUCAACCACUUUUAGUCACAAGUAGGACAAAAUUUUCAGCCUUGUCAAUGAUGGAAGCAUGUGAAAGUGUCGUCACAAGAGGCUCUAAACACAACCCUGAUAAGCACUUCGAUGAAGAUUACAGAGACCAAGCUAAGUUGCUUCAGGAGUUCUGCAAUAUGUCAACUGUUGAUAAGGCCUGGAUUUUCAAUUCUUGUAAUGGGACUGGUUCAUGGGCAAUGUUCUAUUUGAGCCAAACAAAUCUUUUAGCAAACAAGAGAACUAAGUACAUUCUGUCCUCCUACAUUUCAAAAGAAGAAAGCCACUCUCUAACCUUCCAAUGCACUCCUUUUCCCUUUGAACUGGUGGAUGUAUCAACAGUUGUCCCUUCACCAUCAGGUUCAAAGCUUCUCAUAGUUCGAAAUGGUCAAAAUGGAUCUGCAGUACAACUUGAAAUCUGGAGCUCUUGUCAUAUGCAAAAGGAUAUACAUAUCCCAGUAUCUGUUCAUGGUCCAUUAUAUACAGAUGGAUGGUUUGAAGGUAUUAGUUGGAGCGAUGAUGAACAAUUUAUUGCCUAUGUUGCUGAAGCACCUUCCUCACUUAAGCCCAUGUUCAAUAGUUUUGGCAUUAAAGAAGGACCUUCAGAUGAAAAGAACAUUAACAGCUGGAAAGGUCAGGGGGACUGGGAGGAGCAGUGGGGUGAAUCAUACUCUGGAAAAGGGAAACCCUCACUUUUUGUUGUUAACGUCGACAGUGGAGAAGCUCAAGCUGUAGAAGGCAUCCCAGAGUCCCUUUCUGUUGGGCAAGUUGUAUGGGCACCUCUAUCUCCUGAUGAUGGGCAACAGACGUUGGUUUUUGUUGGAUGGUCUGAUAUUAAUGUUCCUCACCGUGUUGCACGAAAGCUUGGGAUAAAAUACUGUUACAACAGGCCAUGUUCUUUGUAUGCAGUCAGGGCUCCUGUUUUUGAACCCAAGGAACCACACUCAAAGUCAUUUAUCUUACAAAGAGAUGAAGGUCAUGAGAGUGCAUCAGCCAUCAACCUGACAGGAGAUACACAGAGUGCCUACUUCCCUUGUUUCACUCCAGAUGGAAGGUUCCUUUUGUUUGUAUCGGCAAAAAGUGCUGUGGAGUCUGGGGCUCAUUGUGCGACCAAUUCUUUGCACAGAAUGAAUUGGUCCAGUACCAGAAAACCAGAUUUGGCAAACAUUAUUGAUCUGGUCCCAGUUGUAAUGCAUGCAGAUGUUGGUUCCUUCCCAGGACUUUAUUGUGAUAGUAUCAUCGCAAAACCAUGGCUUUCUGAUGGAUCUACCUUGAUACUCUCUUCUGUUUGGGGUAGCACUGAAGUACUAAUUUCAGUAGAUGUAUUAAGUGGCAAGUUAUCGAGGAUUAGCCCCCACAAUUCUGACUCUUCAUGGAAUCUUCUUGCAGUUGAUGGUGGCAUUGUCCUUGCGGUUUCCAGUAACCCGGUUAGUCCCCCUCAAAUCAAGUAUGGGUGCUUUCUUGAUCGAAAGGAGAACGAAACAAGUUCGGAAUGGGAUUGGCAGGACAUAUCAUUGCCAAAGUUGGCCUACUCAGAAAAGGUCAAGUCAAUGCUGUCAUUGCUUCAGUUCAACAUAUUGAAAAUUGAUGUUCCUGAUUUGUCAGGAAAUCUUACUACUGGUGCAAAACAACCCUUUGAGGCAAUUUUCAUCCAUUCCAACUCUCAAGGCUCAAGUAACAAAGGGGAGAAAGAAAAUGGAUUAAGCCCACUCAUAGUAGUUAUUCAUGGAGGACCACAUUCAGUUUCAUUGGCCAGUUAUUCCAAGUCCCUUGCAUUCCUUGCUUCUUUGGGUUUCAGCUUGCUUGUGGUGAACUACAGAGGUUCAUUAGGAUUUGGAGAGGAAGCGCUGCAAUCCCUUCCAGGCAAAAUUGGAAGUCAGGAUGUGAAGGAUGUUUUGACAGCAAUAGAUCAUGUUGUCAAUAAAGGGUAUGCAGACCCAUCUAAAAUAUUUGUUCUUGGAGGUUCACAUGGUGGGUUUUUGACAUCUCAUUUGAUUGGCCAGGAGCCUGAUAAAUUUGUUGCAGCUGCGGUCAGAAACCCUGUCUGUAACAUUGCAUCGAUGGUUGGGACAACAGAUAUUCCUGACUGGUGUUAUUUUGAAGCAUAUGGGAGUGAAGGGAAAAAUUUGUUCACGGAAGCACCUUCAGUUGAGCACUUAGAAGUCUUCUAUAAAAAAUCUCCUAUUUCCUAUGUCUCAAAGGUGAAAUCACCGGUCCUCUUCCUUUUAGGUGCCCAGGAUCUUCGAGUUCCAGUCUCAAAUGGCCUACAAUUUGCAAGAGCACUGAGGGAAAAGGGGGUGAAAGUCAAAAUUGUUAUGUUUCCUAAUGAUAUUCACCCAAUUGAAAGACCACAGUCUGACUUUGAAAGUUUUCUUAAUAUUGGAGUUUGGUUCAAAAACUACUGCAGCUGACCGGCAUUACGAGUGACAGGUGGGUGAUACUCGAAAGAGUUGGCAUGGAGAAGGAAUGAAUGUACCACUAUUCCUGGGAAAGUUUAGUAUCAAUUAUUGGAAUUGUUGAUUCCAAGGAACUGUGGUUGUGGUACUACAUUAUUCUAUAUGUACAUUUGGACUUUUUCAAGCUCAUAUAUAUACUGGAAACUACACAGGCGCAUUCCUGAUGAUAGAGAGAUGCGUCCUAAACAUGGUGCACUGUUGCAUGAUAAAUACGGUGGAAGCUAAGUAGGUGGCCCUAGUUAUCUAUGCCUUGAUCUAUGUGAAUGUGAAGGUCUUAAAUCCGACUCUUUACCAGGUGAAUGAGGCUCUUGUUGGUUUACUCUUUUCUUGUGGGCUAUUAAAUACAAUUGGUAUCUACAUUCUGAAUCUGAACAAUAA